AUGAUAAUAACGAGUGAUGACACUAUUGGCAUUGAUGUUUUAAAAUCCCAAUUGCAACAACAAUUUGAGAUGAAGGAUCUUGGACCUCUUCGCUAUUUUCUUGGUAUUGAAGUAGCUCAUUAUCCCAAAGGUUAUCUUCUAUCUCAGUCUAAGUAUGCAGCAGACGUCAUUGACAGAGCUCGUCUCACUGAUACUCGGACACUUGAGACUCCUCUAGAACUGAAUGUUCAUUAUAGUUCUACUGAUGGUGUUCCUUUAGCAGAUUCCACUUUAUAUCGAGCGAUAGUUGGCAGUUUAGUGUAUCUCACAAUCACUCGACCUGAUAUUGCCCAUGUUGUUCGAAUUAUAAGUAAGUUUGUAUCCUCUCCUAUUACUGUGCAUUGGGCUGCAGUUUUUUGUAUCUUGCGCUAUCUUCGGGGUACUUUGCACCAGAGUUUAUUAUUUUCUUCUACAUCAACUUUGGAGCUUAGAGCUUUUUCUGAUGCUGAUUGGGCUGGGGAUCCCACAGAUCGCAAGUCUACCACUGGUUUCUGUAUUUUUCUAGGUGAUUUUCUCAUUUCCUGGAAAUGUAAGAAGCAAACAGUUGUUUCUCACUCUUCUGCUGAAGCUGAGUGUCGUGGCAUGGCUGAUAAUACAACGGAGGUAGUUUGGUUACGAUGGUUGCUUGCUGAUUCGGGUGUUUCUUUGUAUGCUGCAACGCCUAUGUACUGUGAUAACAAGAGCGCCAUUCAGAUUGCAUACACCGGCCUCCAGAAGAUCUUCACACUAUGA